AUGUCUGGACAAAAGAGAGUGCUAGACAAUGAACUUAGGAGGAUUCGAACCAUUGUAAACCUACCCUCCUUCCAAGACUUCCCAAACAAGGACGACUUAACUACACGCAUAUAUUAUGGAUCAAUAAACUCAGAUUCAAACCCUCUUUUGAAGUUAUUAGCCGUCUUGAUCGGGAUUGAUAAACUACAAGACUUCCCGAAAUGUAUCAAAGAGGGAAUGGAUGACGGUUGCCUCCCAAUGACAGUAGAAAAUCCCAAUGAUGGCACGACACCUCUCUACUGCGAACGCCACAAGGCGCACCAUGCGACUAUCGAUAGUUUUCGUCGACCUAACGACAGGAUUCAAUUUACACAGUGGUCAUACAGUAAACAUUCUCACUACCGUCUACACGCCAGUGAUAUCUUCCCCAUGCCCUCUGGGAGAAAGCUACAGAAGCAAGAGACGUUGAAGCAAGAUAUUACGAAGAAAGAGGUGACGAGAAGAGAGAUGACGAAGCAAGAGGUGGCCGUGCAAGGCAACAAACCCCAAAUCACAGAGGGGGCUUUUGCGUGUGGUGGGUUUAGUGAAGUGUAUCAAGUCAAGAUUGACAAGAGUCAUCAACGUUUUGAAGAUAUCGGGAUACGCCACCCCGAGGAAUUGUUCGCUCUGAAGAAGCUUAUCUCUCAUGAUCGGGACGACUUCAACAUGGAACUCUCAUCCCUGUUAUUCUGUAUGGAUAAAUCCAUUGUCAAAAAAGCCGAUAAUCACAUAAUCCAACCUCUCGCAACCUUUGAAGUUGAAGAGCCCGCAGUUCGUGGGUCGACUUACUAUAUUCUCUUCGACUGGGCUGAGGGGAAUCUCAAUGAUUUCUGGGAGAAGAACGAUCAUCUCGUGGGGGCGAGGGACCAUUGUAAAUGGAUGUCUCGUGAGUUCUAUUCGCUCUGUUUGGCGCUCGAGUGUGUUCAUAAUGAGCGUAAAGAGACAUUGAAGUCCAUUGACGAAAAUAAGCUUGAAAAAAACUUAUCAGGAAGACUUCAUGAUGCUAAAAGCUUAUAUGGGCGUCAUGGAGAUAUUAAGCCAGAUAACUUCCUUUGGUUCGUCCCCCCUCAGCUACCACCACCUCAGCAAGAGAGUCAACUGGCUCUAUCUGAUUUCGGGCUUGGAAGAUUGCAUACUAAAGUCUCUCGAUCGAAUCAAGACCCAAGGAACAUUGCCAGGACGGAGACAUAUAGGGCGCCAGAGUUUGACCUAAAUAAUGGUACAAUUUCUCGCGCAUCCGAUAUCUUUAGCCUUGGAUGCGUAUUUCUCGAAUACGUUACCUGGUUCAUGCUAGGAAACACAGGCUUGACAGAAGGGUUCCCCGCCCAUAGAUCCGAGCCAGAUAUCUACAAUUUCGAGUCAGAUACUUUCUUCAGCAUUCGCGAACAGCAGCCCUUCUUAAAAGAAAGCGUCAAAAGUUGGAUCAAACAGCUCCAAGGGCACGAAAACUGUAGUUGGUACUUACAUCAACUCCUUGAUAUCAUAAGGGAUAAGAUGUUAGCACCAGAUCGCAAGAAUCGAAUCCAUAUCGGGGAACUUAUUAAGGACAUGGAUUUGCUUCGUCAAGCAUGCGAGAGGAAUGACAGCUUCUAUUUGAAGACGAAAGGUGAAUCUUAGUUUUAUCGAGCAUAAAGUCUUUUAUUCGUGUACCUUAUCCUAUUCUACCAGUCGCUGUCUCCACUCCCCUGUCAUUUCUCGUACUAUGCUCCCCUUUUAUCCAUCUCCCCCCAACAGCGACGUUUAGAAAAGGCAGGCCCGCAGGUGACUUAUUUGAAGUGCCCACGCACUUAGACGAAGAAGGGAGUUGAACCCAGGCGCACCUACUGUACAGAAUACUGUGCGAGGUGAUAUUCAGCAUCAAAUAUCCUUAGCCCCAAGCAGUGUCAAGAGAGAUAGGUCCAGUACUGGUUAGGUAUGGCACGGGUCGGCGUUAGGGUUUUGAUACCAGAGUUUCUUUAUAUUCCACAACCACAUAUACCUCUAGUAAGCUUCAUAAUCCUGGAUAUUGAUAGCCAAGCUAACCUUCAUAGCAUUACAAAUUAUUCCAUUGACGCCAUGUGCCCCUGGGGCUCUUUAGUCAUCCACUAUACCUUAUAGUGGAAGCGAAUUGUCCUUUCUAUCUCAGCUAUUUGGCUCUUGUGGAUCGGGGAAUCUCAGCAUUGAUCAUAGAACGGUUGCGGAU